AUGUCCACCGCAGAGCUCGCCAGCGCCUACGCCGCUCUCAUUCUUGCCGACGACGGCAUUGAAAUCACCGCCGAUAAGCUCAACACUCUUAUCAAAGCCGCCGGUGUCGUCGACGUCGAACCCAUCUGGGCUACCCUGUUUGCAAAGGCUCUGGAAGGAAAGGAUGUAAAGGACAUGCUUCUCAACGUCGGCUCGGGCGGUGGUGCCGCGGCCGCUGCACCUGCUGGUGGUGCUGCCGGCGCCGGUGGCGCUGGUGCCGCUGAGGAAGCACCCAAGGAAGAGGAAAAGAAGGAAGAGGAGAAGGAAGAGUCCGACGAGGAUAUGGGCUUCGGUCUCUUCGAUUAA